AUGGGUGGUAAGGACGGUUUGCGCCGGUCAAUCGGAUCGCCACGCCCAACGUACCUGCCAAAUCUAUUGGCUCGGCCGAUCGAGCCCCCGUGUAUUUCUUGCUUCUGCGCACCAACCACACCCAUAGAGAGUGUAAUUCGUCUCAGUCUCUCUCUUUUUAUGUAUCUCUCAAACUCUCUCUUUCUCUCAAACUCUCUCUCUCUCAAACUCUCUCUCUCAAACUCUCUCUCUCAAACUCUCUCUCUCAAACUCUCUCUCUCAAACUCUCUCUCUCAAACUCUCUCUCUCAAACUCUCUCUCUCAAACCCUCUCUCUCAAACUCUCUCUCUCAAACUCUCUCUCUCAAACUCUCUCUCUCAAACUCUCUCUCUCAAACUCUCUCUCUCAAACUCUCUCCCUCAAACUCUCUCUCAAACUCUCUCUCUCAAACUCUCUCUGUCUCUCAAACUCUCUCUCUCUUUCUCACGCCAAUUCAUCUCGCCGUCAAGCUUGUGUACGAACAACGUGUACUGCCCCUCUGCCAGCCAUGACAGCUCGCCUCUUACACCACAAAAAUGGGGCUCGUACCUACAACAUGUACUGCCCCUUUGCCAGCCAUGCCAUUCCAAGCCCGUUGGCUAA